AUGCCGAAGGAAGUCAAACAGAAGUCUGGCCUCAUCGUCGGCUUGAACGCCGGCCACAAGGUCACCCCAAGAACUCCUGCCCCCAGGAUCUCCCGGAGGAAGGGUUUCCUGUCGAAGCGCACUGCUUUCGUCCGCGAAAUUGCUCGCGAGGUUGCCGGUCUGGCUCCCUACGAGAAGCGUGUCAUUGAACUGCUCCGAAACUCCAAGGACAAGCGUGCCCGUCGUCUGGCGAAGAAGAGGCUCGGUACCUUUGGCCGUGCAAAGAGAAAGGUUGAGGAGAUGACCACUGUCAUCGCCGAAUCGAGGCGCGCAGGUCACUAG